AUUCACCCAUCUCUAUUGCACUGAACACAGCACUGUCUGACAUUUACUGGAGAAAAGAGUGAAUUCAUUUGGGAGCAACAUGAGUAAAAUUGUUACAUUCUGUCUAGGACUGAUCCUGCUGACUGUAAUGUUACCUGACCAGGUGAGUUUAUAUGGGCAGAAGGAAAAGUUUCUCUCUUACUAGAAAGAGUGAGCUAAAAUGAUAUGGCAAUCUCUAACCUUUUGUAAAAUCAGGUAUUUUAUUCUUAAACAAUUGCAUUACAUAAAUAUGAAAACAGGUAUGUAUGUGGUCUAGAAUAAUCACAGUGAUAUAUGGGAGAUUCGAAUUAUAAUACAGGUCAAAAAUUGCUGAGAGACCUAAAGCAGGAGAACAAUAGCCUUUUAUGUAUAAAUGUGUAUACUUUUUGGACACUCUACAUUUAUAAUGUUCUUUGUGUGGUUUUUUUUUGUGUGUGUUUUUUUUUUUUAUUUGUAGCACAGUAUGUACACAAUAUAUAGGGAAUCCCAGAAAUCGAAAGAUAGAUAGAUAGAUAAAUAGAUAAAACGAAAUAAAAGUUUACUUGAAUGUUCUUUGUACUGUCAUUGUAUUUAAGCCUUUUUUUUUUUUUUAAAGUGAUACCAACGGGGAUUAUUCACUAAAUUGAGAAACUGUUUAGCAUUAACCAUUACAUUUUUAUAAAAAGAAAAGAAAAAAAAAAGCUGAACAAAUAAGAAAUUUGUCAAAUUGACCAUUACCAGUUUAAAGUCUUAGUGUUUGGGAUACACCUUGGUUUACUGGAGAGGGAGGUGGGGGUUUACUGGAUGGGGAGGUGGGGGGGAGAACCCACCCUGUAUCCAUCACCACAUCCCAUCCAUAAGCUGCGUAAUGCAAGUGGUUUUCACCAGUGUGCUGUGGUACAAGGGUGCGUCUCAAAGUGUGCCUUAAACACAUAGACCUCAAGGCUGUGAUAGGUUGGAUUCAGUCCUUAAAUGUUUUAGAAUGUGUUUGUCAGAAAAAUAGCUGUGUCUUGGGAACUGUUUUCCCACUGAAGUGUGCCUUGGUACAAAAAAUAUUAGGAACCAGUACUGUAUGUUAACACUGUUUGUAAUGUUUAUGCUGUGCAGUGUUAAUUUAUGUUGAUCUACUUCUAAAUGUAAUAAACUUUGAUUACCAAAAACAUAAAAAUAAAAAGGACUCAACGCAUAUAGACAUAUAAGUUGGUGCUGAACAUAUUUUAGAUUGUUUAUGAAAACCCAAACUGCAUUUGCAUGCUGACUACAUUUAAAUCAUGCUGAGCAGCAUGGGAUAUGUAGUUCACAUACAUCUAGGGUGCCAAAGUUAAUCAUCACUGAUAUUUUAUUAUGAAAUUGUAUAGAAUAAAUGUGAGCCUAAUCAGGGAAAAUACACUUUUUUUUUUUUUUAAGCAAACUAGAGAUUUAUAAAAAUAAUGAAUCGCAGAAGCUAUUGACUUGAUAAAAGGAGCAAAUAAGAACCACAAUGUAAUAAAAAGUAUAAUAUUUUUAAAUUCUUAUUUUAAUACCAUGGACAGUACUUUAAGGAUUAAUUGUUUCCUGUUGUAUAAUGUUUGUCAAUAUAGAUUGUCUGCGGGGCUGAAAUGUAUACCAGUCAUGUAAACAAGGAUGCCUUUUAAACUAAAAGGUACAUUUUGAUUAGAAAAAAAAUGCUGAUAUACAGGCCAAAAAAAUUUAAAAUGUGAAGCAAUCACAGCAUAAAAGAAUUAAACACGAAUUCACAAAAAAAAACAAAAAAACUUAUACCCUUUUCUUUUAAACAUGAAUAAAUAAAGGUAUUUAAUAAAUAAAGUUUAGCUUUCCAUGAAACGUUUAUAGAAGAGGAAACACAGAUCUUUCUUGGGCUCUCUCUCCUUUAAAGAUAGGGUUUGCAGGUAUAUUGUGAAAUUUCCAUAGACGGAAAGCUCCAUUGCAAAGCUCUGUAAUUAGAGAAUAGGCAUAUAUCUGUACCUCCCGGUUUUAUUAAAAGUCAGAGCUCAAGGCUCUCAGGUGGCAUUAACUAGUUGGGCACCGGACAUGCAAGUGGUACUACUUCUGCUUGAUAAGAAAUAAGAUAGUUUAAUUUAGUUUUGAUAAGAGACACUGUAUGGGAGGUUAGACAGAGAGAUUGAAAGACAGACAGACAAACAUAUAUCAAAUAACAGAGACAGAAGGCGACAAUAAGACAGAUAUAUGUGUAAUGCAGACUGAUACGGACGUGUCAAGUGAAAAAAACCUAUAUUAUGAUUUUUACUUUACAUUAUAAAUGCAAACUAUUAAUGGGCAGCGCUAUUAUUUGAUAUUUACAAAACUAUUGAUGACGGGUGAACACACACUUGUGUAUUGAUCUUCAGUCUCUAGAUUAGGUGUUUUUGAAAUUUCAGCCAGAAAACCAAGGCUACAAAAUCAAGUUCUGAUAUUUUGUGAACACACUUAAAAGUAAUCCAAAUGGAAUUACUCAAAUUCAGCUAAUAUAGUUUAAUAUAUACCCACAUUUCCUAAAAAUAUGAAUGUUUGAUUUUUUUGUUGUUGCUGUUUUGACAAAUCUCUAGUGUAAACUUUAAAUAUAUGUGGAUGUGUUUAAAACCUGGUUCAAACUAAAUGUAGGAUGUAGAUACAAUAGUAGCAGUUUUGGAACUUUGCACGUUAGUGAUUGUUGGUGAUAGUUUAAAAACAGCAUAUUGGUCUAUUCCUUACAUGUAAGAAGGACUUCCGCACUUUACAGUUAGCGCUGGGAACCAACAUGUUAACACUAACCUUCUUCUACAAUUUAUUUCAUUCUGAAUGUGUUUUUGAAUCUACUAAUUUAUUCUUCUUAUUUAUUUUUUCUUGUUUCAGGUGCACUGUCAGUCUACUAUAGCAAAGCCCAAUGCUUCAGAUUCAUCAACGGCAAACAGUACACAUGUAUCAAAUACCAGUGGCGUAUCACCUGUUACAACCUCGACGAACACUACUACAGCUCGUUCUCACGGAGAUUCUUUGUAUGCAUCUUCUAGCCUGUUCCUCAGCCUCGUCUCGAUCUCUGUUAUACAUCUCUACUGUUAAAGGACCGUAUCCUAAAGGCAGCUUUAGCACUCUCCCCCAUCCAACCACUGCUCUUAUCUGCUCUCUCUGACCAGGCUACCACACACGUCAUUGAGGAACAUUAACAAACACUGGCACCAAAUAUUUUUUUAUUGCCCAGAAAGUGUCCUCCGCAACCAAUCCUGACCGAGAGACUAAUAAACUGAAGCCUCCUAGGCUGAAUGAUGUGACUAGGCUCUCAACCACAUCAGGAAAGUGAAGGAGGGCCCCAGUGGCAAGUGAAUCAAGAAAUCAAU